AUGACAAAACGAAAUUGGGAAAGUAUGCAACAGGAUAUGUUUAACAAUUCUUCUAGCAGUUCUAACCAACUGAGUAUCCCUCAUACAGACCCCUUCCCAGAGAAAGUGGUCAUAUCGUCUGAAAUAAACCGCGAUAGCCUGUCCACUGCAGCCCAGCAAAUUAUUGAUGAUUUAAACGCUAAAAGGAAACAAGACACACAGUUGCUGAUAGAUCUCAAAAAGGCAUUGGAGAAACAGACAGAGAAAGUGUACAAAGCAACCGAACAACAUUUAUUUGCCGUGUAUGAUAAACAAGGCAAGAUCGUCCAGGACAAGAUACAACAGCUAUUUUCUAUAAUUGAUAAUAUUUCUAAACUUGAAACCGAAUUGAAGGAGUUUAAACAGGCUUUACAGAUUCUAUACCAGGACAUGAAAGACUGA